CUAAAACUAGCAAAGAAUUUAUUUUUCUUUUUCUUUCUUUUCAUAGUGGAGCCUUAUGAAGAAGACCGGAAAAUGAAAGAAAGAGUAUAGCACAUGAAUGAGGAAAGAAAUAGAAUCAGAAGGGGAGAGAUGGUGAGAGGAAAAACUCAGAUGAGGCGUAUAGAGAACGCGACAAGCAGGCAAGUCACUUUCUCAAAACGCAGAAAUGGUUUGCUAAAAAAAGCAUUUGAACUUUCAGUACUAUGUGAUGCUGAGGUUGGAUUGGUUAUCUUUUCUCCAAGAGGAAAGCUCUAUGAAUUUGCCAGCUCUAGCAUGCAGGAGAUAGUCGAGCGCUAUAAGAGGCAUUCUAAAGACAAAGUUCAACCUGAAAACCAAGCCGUGGGACAAAAUAUGCAGCAUUUGAAGCAUGAGACAGCAAGUUUGAUGAAGAAGAUAGAACUUCUUGAUACAUCUAAAAGGAAACUCUUGGGAGAAGGUUUAGGAUCCUGCACCCUAGAAGAACUACAGCAAAUAGAAAAACAAUUGGAGCGGAGUGUUAGUGCCAUCCGGGCGCGAAAGAUGCAAGUCUUUAGGGAACAGAUGGAUAGAUUGAAAGAAAAGGAGAAAGCCCUUGCAGUUGAAAAUGCAAUGCUGAGGGAGAAGUUUGGAGGCCUUCAACAGAGACAAACAUCAAGCGGAGAGAAGGAAGGAGAAGUUAUUUGUAUAGAGGGAGGUAGCGAUAAAUCGGAUGUGGAGACAGAAUUGUUUAUUGGACCACCUGAUGAAUGUAGAAUAAGGCGUCCCUUACAGAAUUGAUCAUAUAUAGGUGAAUUAUCUUUGGAGUACUGUCCCAUGUAUAAAUUUUGAUCAAUUAUCGAAUAUUAUUACCUGCUUAAUGAUUUUUGUACUCUCGCCAGCAAUUUAUAGGGCUUAUAUGUGGUUAAUUUUCUCUCUUACGCGCAGCUAAUGGACCUUUGAUCACUUCUGUA